AGGCGCCAUUUUCGAUGUUGCCGUGCCACAGUGAAGAUCCUGAAAGAAAACCUUGAAGAUGCCUGAGCCGGCGAAGUCUGCUCCGGCACCAAAGAAAGGUUCCAAGAAGGCGGUGACCAAGACGCAGAAGAAAGGGGACAAGAAGCGCAAGAGGGCAAGGAAAGAGAGCUACUCCAUCUACGUGUACAAGGUGCUGAAGCAGGUGCACCCCGACACGGGCAUCUCGUCCAAGGCCAUGAGCAUCAUGAACUCCUUCGUCAACGACAUCUUCGAGCGCAUCGCGGGCGAGGCGUCGCGCCUGGCGCACUACAACAAGCGCUCCACCAUCACCUCGCGGGAGAUCCAGACGGCCGUGCGCCUGCUGCUGCCCGGCGAGCUGGCCAAGCACGCCGUGUCCGAGGGCACCAAGGCUGUCACCAAGUACACCAGCUCCAAGUAAAAGGACAGGGAGUUAUAAACCAAACGGCUCUUUUAAGAGCCACCACACGUUCCUAAUAAGAGCUGUGAUUGCAAAUACGAUGUGGGUUUUGUCAUGGGGCUGUAAUACUAAUGCAAGUACAAAUAUAGUUGAAAGUACGAAAAAUUAUUAC